CAUUGUAGGAGUCUACUUUGCCGGUAUUACCACAACGGAGAAGCGAGUCCGCGGGCAGAUAAUUGCGAGCUCAAGCCGAUCCAAGCCGUCGCAAUCACAUCCAUAUCUUGAUCUCUUCAACGCUGCUUCCUUGGCUUGCUACCCGCCAAGGUCGGCAAAGAGUCAGCGACAAGACUUUCGCUCUUGGUCAACAGAUCCUGGCAACCUGGAUCCUGGUUCUUCGCUCCACUCGCCUUCUUUUCGUCCGCACCGUCUGGACGACGAUUUGACAACCCGACACUCCACACCGUAGCGACUGGGAGCGGCGACUGGGCGCACCCGACGACUGCAUGCAAGUGUCAACAAUCACCCUUGCCAACCAAGACACCAGACCUUGAUUCGACUAUCGUUUCGCUAUCACUAUCCGUCACACCACACGCCUAACCCGCCAUCAUGGUUUGGGACCACAUCAACGUCGACAAACCGCAUCUGGUUUACAUCAUUCUGGGCGGCUUCACCAGUCUGUUCAUGUUAUGUUCGUCGCUCAUUAAAGAAAGACUAUACAUUGGUGAAGCUACCGUCGCCACUCUCUGCGGUAUCAUCUUCGGUCCGCAUGCUGCCAAUCUAAUAGAUCCGUCGACAUGGGGAAAUGAGGAUCGAAUCACUCUGGAGUUCGCCCGUAUCGUCCUGGUUGUACAAUGUUUCGCCGUAGGAGUCGAACUGCCAAAAUCAUACAUGGAGCGUCAUUGGCGAUCCGUCACCUUCCUCCUUAUUCCCGUCAUGACCUUUGGGUGGCUGGUCACCAGUCUGUUCAUCUGGGCCCUCGUUCCGCCACUCAACUGGCUUGACAGUCUUUGCGUUGCGGCAUGUGUUACUGCAACUGAUCCCGUUCUUGCUUCGUCUGUCGUUGGCAAGGGCAAAUUCGCCCAAAGAGUCCCGAAGCAUUUGAGAGACUUGUUGUCCGCCGAGUCUGGAUGCAACGAUGGCAUGGCUUUCCCAUUCAUCUAUCUCGCUGUUUACAUCAUUCGUUAUCAUCAUCAUCCGAACGAAGUUGCUCUACACUGGUUCUGUGUCAGUAUCUUGUACGAGUGUGUCUUCGGCGCCAUCUACGGAGUUCUCGUUGGAUAUAUCGCUCGCCGUGCCGUCAGGUUUGCACACGAGCGUGAUCUGAUCGAUCGUGAAUCUUUCCUGGUCUUCUAUUUCGUUCUGGCUCUUUUCUGCGCUGGCUCAGGUUCCAUCUUGGGUGUAGACGAUCUUCUCGUUGGAUUCGCCUGUGGAGUUGGCUUCAGCAAUGAUGGUUGGUUCACAGAAAAGACAGAGGAAUCCCACGUCUCCAACGUCAUCGACUUGCUGAUCAACUUGGCCUUCUUUGUCUACUUUGGCACAAUCAUCCCCUGGGCUCAGUACGAUUCUGAGAUCAUUGGCCUCAGUGCCUGGAGACUGGUUGUUAUUGCGAUCUUGGUUCUGUUGUUCCGUCGCAUUCCUAUCAUGCUUGCGCUCAAGCCAAUCAUUCCAGACAUCAAGACCUGGAGAGAGGCUCUCUUCGCCGGUCACUUCGGUCCUAUCGGUGUAGGUGCCAUCUUCGUUGCCAUUCUGGCUAGAGCCGAACUCGAAACGGAUUCUACGACGCCUCUCGGCGAACUACCCACAGAUGCAAACUUCCCGCAUCUCAAUAUCAUCGAGUUGAUCUGGCCUAUCACAACUUUCUUGGUCAUCACCUCAAUCCUCGUGCACGGAUCAUCCAUUGCUGUAUUUACCCUUGGAAAGCACAUCAACACCCUUACCUUGACAAUGUCUUACACCCAGGGCCAAGACCCUUCGUGGAUGGACAGACUUCCUCGUAUUCAGUCACGCUCUAAGAGUUCCAUGUCUGCACGCAGACCUGAUGACACAGAUGAGUCUCUCGAGGAAAAGGGUGAAUAUGGCGCUUUCCCGCCAAAUUUCCUUCGUCGUCAGCGCGAAGAAGACGUUCCUCCACGUCCGCUGAGCAGACGUCGUUCUCGCAAAUCUCAGUAUGGCGCUGGAGGUCCUAUCAGUCAAUCUGCAAUCAGACCUCAGCGCACCGAUAGUGAAAAGCAAGAGGAGCUCAGCACUUCUCGUAGCGAUUCUGAGGCCUCGCCUGACAGCGCCAAGAACGGGCCUCCGCGUGACCAGGAUGAGCCCGAUCAACCUGGCGAGCCUGAAGGUGAGGUCUAUGAGGAGGGCGGUGAGACUGUUUAUGAAGAUGAAGAAGGCAACGUUCUUGCUGUGAGAAAGACACACAAGGGUGACACAGACGAAGAAAGACAAGAGCGCGAAAGAGAUGAGCUUCGCACAUUGAUGAAGGAGGAAGAUGUUCAUCAUGGUGUUGCUCGUAGAAAGGACGACCCCAACGAAGACGAAGGCACCAAAUUUAUGCACGAGUUCCAAGAGGCUGGAGAGGAAGCUGCGCAGGCGGUCCACCAUCCUCAGAAAGAGUGGCGUAAGGGUAUGAAGAUGAUGGGUCAUCUUGGUGGUCUCCGUAAGAAGGAGGAUCACGGCGACAAGCCGACAGCCAAGAAGCCAGCCCCCAAGCGCGGACCUGCGCGUGCCUACCAGUUUGGCAACACCAUCAUUGUCGAGGAUGAAGAUGGUGAGGUCUUGAAGAAAUACGACAUUCCAGUGCCGCCGAAGAAGAACAAGCCCGCAAAGGAAGGAGACGCUGUUGCGUCGACGGAACCCUCCAAGCCUGCUGGACCUACCAGACGAGGUCUUGCUCGCAUGGGAACCGCACUAAGCAUAACUGGCCGCAAGGCAGACGAAGCCGAUCAAGGAGCUAAAGAAGACAAGAGAAGGAAGAAGGCUGAGCAGGAAGCAGAAGACGAUGAGCGUCUGCGCUUCACUGUUGGUGCUGGCGGUCAAAGAAUGAGCAAAGCCGAGUUCGUCAGGCAGAUCUCAAGUCUCAACGCCAAGCAGCGUGCUUCUAUUGUCGAAGAUAGCGAUCUUCCUGAAGCCGUCAAGAGGGAGGCGAGAGAAGGUGCCAAGAAGGGUAAUGAGGAUGCUAUCCCUCACCGCUUGCAGUCGAUGCCUGAGAACAGACCGGUCAGGCUCUCUAGUAGAGAUGCCGAGACUGGUUUGAAGGCUGACCUUCCUGAGACUGGAGACUCUGGCCUGGCUGACAAUGCCAAGGUCAAGAGAAUGCCGAGCCACGCAGACGCUCCCGCCGGUCCUGAGGGUCUGACUCUGGUCGACUCGAACGAUGAGGUCGUACCUUUCCACGAUGUGACUGGCGAUCUCCGUAGAUCAAGUGGAGCCGGCGAGACACCAGCUGAAAAGAGGCGCCGAGAAGCACGCGAGCGUGCUGAACAGUCCCGUCAAUCACCCAUAGAAGAGGACAGCGAGGACGACGGCACUGCUCGUGUUCCUCCAAGUCGCCCAAAGCCUGAAGGCCGUUACGCCUCUGAUGUUGAGAGUGAGACCGCGGCUGAGCGUCGCCGCAGAGAGGGUGCGCUAGGCAUGGGUCUCGAAGAAGACUCUGAGGCUGAUUACUUUGCACCACGCGACGUUCGCGACGUUCGACUUGCUAGUGGCGGACGUCCUCCCAAGCCAAGACUCGACUCGGACACCGAUGGUGAGACUGCAGCAGAGCGUAGACGCCGAGAAGGCGCCUUGGGUGUCAGCAAGCAGGAAAGUGACAGUGAGGAAGAAGAAGACAACGCACCUCGUCAACCACCAACCAACAUCAGGUUCGCCGAACCACAAAAGCCGCAGACCGCCGCAGCAUCCUCCAGCGGCACCCGUCUGCGCUGGGGCAAGAACAGAAAAUGAACACGUAGUUAAAUCGGAGAGAGGGUAGAUGGCAUAUGCAUAUGGGUAUGUGGAGUCUUUCUAUUCUUUAAAAAGGAGGGUCUGUACAUAUUUUACCUUCUCUUUCUGUCGAUGUUUUUCUUUUUGGCAUUUUCUAUCCUCGGAUACAGUCUGUUUCAAUUCUUGUCAAAGUCAGCGAGGCGUAUGGGGCUUUUGUCUUUUGUGUAUUUGCAUUUUCAUGUAGAUGAGAAAAUUCCUUUUAAUCAUGUUCACAGCAAGUGACUCUCACAA